GCUGCAACUGAAGGGCAAGAGAACAAGCAUUCAGCUGCAAACGAUGGGUCAUAAAGACAUUCUGAUGAAGCAUCAAGAGGGAUGAAAGCGGAAGACUUUAUGGAGCAAAGUAAAUGGAUUAAUGGUCCUAAGUUCCUGCUUGAGUCUGAAGAUAAAUGGCCUAAACUGGAAGUAAGGUAUGACUCUCUUCCUGCUGAUGAUUCUGAAAUAAAAAAGAAUGUGACUAUCAACGCUGUUGUUGAGAAGAUUAAAUGCCCUACCAGUGUUUUCAUCUCCUAUUUCUCAUCUUGGGCAAAGCUAAAGACAUCUGUAGCUUGGGUUUUAAAGCUCAAAAAACUCCUUAUUUUGUUGUCUCAAAAAAGACAAGAGUUUUCUGCCAUGUUACAGCAGUCAGCAGAAGAUGGAAACACCAAGCAGGAAAAGGUGUCACAAAAGAUGCAGCAAUUUAAAGCUAGGCUGAAGAAGCAGUGUUUGACAUCUGAAGAUCUGGCUAAAGAUGAGCAUUUCAUUAUUCAGUUUGAACAACAUCGCAGGUUUGGUCCAGAGAUCACCUCGAUCAAAGCCAACAGGAUUGUUUCUAAAGACAGCCAGCUGUACAGACUUGAUCCAGUGUUGGACAAUGGAGUCCUCAGAGUGGGUGGACGCCUCAAAAGAGCUGCUAUGCCGUCUGAAACUAAACAUCCUGUCAUCCUGUCCAAAGACAUGCAUGUGGCAACAUUAAUUCUGUUCUACAUUCACCAUCUGCUUGGUCACGCAGGAAGAAACCACAUGCUGUCCAGGCUGCGUCAGAGAUACUGGAUAAUCAAUGGAAACUCUGCUGCCAGAAAAAUCUUGUCUGAUUGUGUGACCUGUAGAAAAAAUAGAGGAAAGCUUUUGGAACAAAAAAUGGCUGACUUACCCCAGGAAAGGGUUGCACCAGACAAAGCUCCAUUUACAGAUGUGGGAGUUGAUUAUUUUGGCCCCAUUGAUGUUAAGAGAGGCAGAAGUCUGCUCAAACGGUAUGGGAUAAUAUUCACGUGCCCAACAAGUCGUGCUGUUCAUUUGGAGGUGGCUCAUACCCUUGAUGCAGACUCUUGUAUCAAUGCAAUUAGAAGAUUCAUCUGUAGACGUGGUCCAGUCUCUUCCAUCAGGUCAGACAACGGCACAAAUUUUGUGGGAGCCAACAGAGAACUAAGAGAAAAUCUGGCUGCCUUGAACCAGAGCAAAAUACAAAGAGUUCUGGUCCAAGAUGGCAUAAACUGGCACUUUAAUACACCGGUAGCUUCACAUCAAGGUGGUGUCUGGGAGCGCUUGAUUCGUUCUGUCAGAAGUAUACUCACCUCAGUUCUAAAACAGCAGGUUGUGGAUGAUGAAACUUUGCAAACUGUUUUCUGUGAGGCUGAAGCCAUUUUGAAUGAUAGACCCAUCACACUGGUCUCUGACGAUUCAAAUGAUUUAGAAGCCCUCACACCAAAUCACAUCCUGACACUAAAGAACAAACCUGUUAUGCCACCCGGACUGUUUCAAAAGCAAGAUCUAUACCUCAGACGACGUUGGAAACAAGUACAGUAUAUGGCUGAACUGUUUUGGAAAAGAUGGAUCUCUGAGUAUUUGCCUUUGAUGCAGGAAAGACAAAAAUGGAUGAGACCGAGAAGAAACAUCACUGCUGGCGAUAUUGUCCUGAUUGCAGAUGUGACGGCACCCAGAGGAUGUUGGCAGAUGGGGAGAGUCCUGGCUGUCAAUGCUGAUGCACGAGGACUGGUUCGUUCAGUGCAACUUCGGACCAAAACCAGUGUGUUGGAGAGACCAGUGACGAAGCUCUGCUUGCUUUUGGAAGCAUCUGCGGACUAAGGAUAUUUUAUUCUUUCUUUCUCUCUCUUCCUUUCUCUCUGUCUAUAUCCAAUCUCUUUGCAGGUUCAUCAUAAAGAAGAAUGAAGAACCCAGAAGAUUUGCAUUGAAAUAUUUGUAUUGAAAUUGUUGUUAGAAUAGCUCCUUUAGUUAGAGAAGUAAUUGUGAUGUAAUGCACAAUUAGGGGCCGGAGUGUAGGAGCCAUUUCUCUAUUUUUGUUUUAGAACUCAGAUUAUUUAGUUCAUUUGUAUUUAUUUGGUUAUUUGUUGCAUUUAGAAUACAGUUGUUUAGAAUACAAUUAUUUCUUAGUAAAUUGUUUAAUUAGUUAAUUGAUUUUGUUUGGGUUUUGGGUGUGUCUGGUGUAUAAAUACAUGGACUCCAGGUAGCUCAGGAUGGAAAGUGGGUGGGCUUAUGGUUUUUUACCAGUCUGCCAGUGCUGCAGUCUGGCAGUCUACCAGUCCUUUCAGGAAGCAAGUCACUCAGCCUGGUUAGUCAGUGAGUAGCAGGUGAAGCGAGCACAAAGGCUGAAACCAGGGCAGCCAAGGCAGCAAGUAGUUUUUCAGUUUGUAUCAUGUUUAUUUUUUCCCUGAAGAGGCCUGGAAUAAACUCUCAGAACUGCA